AUGGUGCCGGUGCAGCCCCACAGCCACAACACCUUUGCCACGGCAGUGGAUGUUGACAUUGCAACGCCAGAAAUCAUCGUGUCGGUUUAUCUUUUGCUGUACGUUCCGCUGGCCAUGGCCUGGGCGUACUUUGUACACUAUGGAUACCAAGAGAAACACUACUUGAUCCUUGUGCCUUUCACUCUUUGCGCCUUCACCGUCGGCUUGGACCUGGUGAACCAGUCCUUGUCUACUUUGACAGCUGCCCCAAUGGCACUGACAACGAUUCAAGCAGGGCUAAUGUUUGCCAUCACAGCUGUCUGGACGCUGGGAUGUCACAUCUACGGCAGCUUUACCGGUCGUGUCGCAGCGAGACAGGAUGAGGGCUCCUCCCGGGUGCCUUCGGAGCUUUCCUUGUACCCGCUGUCUUGUGGGUCCCUGGUGUACCCACUCUUGAGGUGGAUGCCAGCGGCCUUGUGGUUUGUGGCGUACCAGCUGAUCAACCACGAGGUGUCCUUGUACUGCUCCCUGUCCGAGCGCACGGUGUUCCUGAAUCUCUGCCCACUCUGUGCCGUGUUCAUCGAGCCCCUGGUCCUUCCUUCCAGCGUGUCCAGGGGCUUCAGCGUGUCCUUCUCUUCGAAGAUGGCGCUGAUCACUAUGGCCUCCGGGGCCCUCUUGUUUAGCCUGCAAUACCCAGACUUCUCUGCGAAUGGAGCAAGGGCUGCCGGGCUUCUGGUGGCCAUCGUCCUGCCGUAUCGACUGCUGCAGCGGAUGCUGCUCGCAGAGUGUAGAGAGGCGCCAGCCUCACUGCUGUGCGCCGUCGAUGGCUUGCUUUUGAUGCUGCCGGCGGGGGUCCUCACCACGCUGGACGAGCGCUUCUUCUUGGAAGCCUGGAAUGUUUGGCUCCGGAAUCCAUCGAUCAUGCUGAUGCUGGCCUUGUCCGUGUUUGCCUUUGUCGGCAACCACAUGGCAGUGCUCUACCUGCUCAAGGCCACGUCGGCCACGUCCACGCUCGUGUUCAGCAACCUCUCGAACUUCGUCGUGGUCUUCGAGGGCAUCGUCUUCUUCUCGGAUCCAGUUCUACAGGCUCCUCUCGUCAUGGCAGGUAUCAUCUUCAGCCUCUUUGGAGGUGUCUGGUAUGCUGUCGAUCAGCAAGAGUCGAGGAAGAGCCCUCAGGAGCCUGCGAAGCAACGACAGGGAAGCGACGGGCAUCUCGGGGGGCCCGAGGCCGAUGUUGCGAAUGGGACGUAG